CAAGUUUAAAAAAUGAAACAGCUGACGGGCUGUUAUUAUUUGUAUCAACUUAGCUGCGAUAAUUAUGUAAUCAAUACAUUUUCCCACUAAAAAAACGAUCAAUAUGUUAUUUAUUUGUGAAGGACGAACGGUGAAGUGUUUGUGUCUCAAGGCCAUUCAUAUAAUCGUCAUUUAUCCCAUUUCAUUUUCAUACCAUAACCUUAUGCCUGUAGACUAGGAUGACAAGUUGGAAUUUGAACUAGUAAUACUUUAAAAUAAAAAAUUCAUUGUGAAGUUUUCGAAAUGAUUUCAAAAUGCAAGAUAAUUAAAGCGAAUGCUUAAAGACGCUGGUGUAAUUAUUUUAUCGUCUACAAGUCUGCUUCAAAAAUGGAUAAUUUACGGUUUUACAUGGUGACAUACAAUGUCGCCACCAAGCAGCCGGAACAAGAUCUUCACAAGCUGGUGGGUUUCGAGGAUUUGAAGAGCAGCGAAACACUGCCUGACUUCUACGUUGUUGGGCUUCAGGAAGUAAAGUCGCAGCCACAGAACAUGGUUUUGGAUUCCAUCUUUGAUGAUCCAUGGACCAAUGCAUUCAGAGAAGUCCUGGCGAAGAUGGACUACGUGAAGGUGAAGACUGUUCGUCUGCAGGGGACUGUACUCAACCUGUUCUGCCUGAGGAAGCACCUCAUAUACCUGCGGGACAUCGAGACCCAGUACACGCGCACGGGCUUCAGAGGGCUGUGGGGCAACAAGGGGGCGGUGACGGUGCGGCUGAGCAUCUACGGCUGCUCCAUCUGCGUGGUGAACUGCCACCUGACGCCACACGACCACCUGCUGCAGCAGCGCAUCGCCGACUACGACACCAUCGUGCGCGCGCAGAGCUUCCGCGCCAAGGAGACCUCCAGCAUCUUCUUCCACGACUACGUGUUCUGGAUCGGCGACAUGAACUUCCGCCUGCUGGAAGGGCCGUCGGCGACGGAGAUCGACGAGCUGGUCGGCAGAGGGGAGCUGACCCGGCUGCUGGCCAAGGACCAGCUGCGGUACGUCAUGGCGAUGGGCGAGGCCUUCGGCGAGCUGGAGGAGCCCCUGCCCACCUUCCCCCCCACCUACAAGUUCGAGUUCCACACGUCGCUGUACGACCUGCGGCGCCGUCCAUCAUGGACGGACAGGAUGCUGUACAAGGUGAACGCGAACGUGUACGAAAACAUCACGUUGAAGGUCGAGCAGCUGUUGUACAGGAGCAUCGACUCGUACACUCAGAGCGACCACAAACCCGUCGUAGGGGAGUACAUCGUUAAAGUGUUCAGCGAUUACUACGAACGCGUUGUGGAGUUUCAGCCAAUAGACACGUGGAUUAUCGACGAGGAAAAUUCUGUGUCUUACACAUUGGCGACAGAUGUCAGGCCGACCACAUGGGACUGGAUUGGCAUAUUUAAGGAGGGUUUCGCCGGCCUCGAGGAGUACCUGUGCUACGUGUACGUGAUGCGCGGACUGCAGGGCGCCGACGCGGCGGGCCUGUCGCGCACGGUCGUGUUCCCCCUGACAGCCGUGCGCGCGCCGGGCUCCUACUGCCUGCUGUACUUCAGCGACCACUCGGCGAGCGUGCUGGGCAUGAGCCGGCCCUUCGUCGCAACCCUGCCGCCAGGUACCGCCCCCUCGCCCCUCGGCACCGCUUACACGGACAGCUUCCAGUAGCCGCUGGCUGUCGGCAGGUCUCUUGUUUCUUCACUCCACAGUCGCACGUUCAGUAUAAAUGUCUGGAGAGCGGCAAUUAUCAGACUUCUGCGAAUCAUGUUUUUUUUUUCCUUUAAUUCAAAUCAAAUUUCGAAUUAAAUAUGAAAACUCACAAAUAUAGAAUAUUUUACAAAUUGAAGGUAAUAUAUGUAUGGAACAGUAAAAUGCAAAGGAAAAAAAACAACUGGCAAUUCUUUUUAUGUUUGAAAAAUUAUUUUGUCUAUCAACUGAUCAUAUACUUAAAACUAGAGUAUUUUUAUCUCUAAAUCAAAAAUUAUUUUUUACGCGUAAAAAGCAUGUAUGUACUAUGUUGCAGAAAACGAAUCAAAAUUCCUGCGUAAACCAUCUUGGCUUCAUUCUGUUACAUUUUUUUUUUUUCGUUUUAAUAUUUAUGUGAAUUAGUUUCACUUGCAUAUGUAUUUGGUAGCAAAUAAUAGUGGAAAAAAAAAUUGAUUGGAUAUGUUGAGUCAAGUAUCAGAUUAUUCAAGAAUAUGAAAUAUUUUUUUGAAUAUUUGCAGAUCGCUAGUAGGUGAAGGACUGGUUAUGAAAUUCAGGAAAAUGUCCUGAAAUAAACAGUCGCUGUGCUGGAAGUCGGGAAAUUGUUCAUUUACACCAGCAUUUCGUCAACUGUUGUUUGGUUUCUAUGACCCUUCACUCCAGUUUGUAUUCGCACAUUGAAUAUAAAUAUUUGGGAACUGCCUACUUAAUUAAUGUGAAAAAUGUAUAGCUUUCAAACUUGAAAUAUCACUAUGUAUGUCCCUGUGAAUAGCAGAUCUGUUUCGUAUAACAUUUUCUCAUGGUUAAGUUUGCUUAUUAAGUAUCUAUAAAAGAAAUUACCCUGUUAUAUAAAAAGGUUGUAAGAAAAUUUUAUUGAAAGGUUGUGGCAAAUGUCCUUAAAUUGGUUAACCAGGUGUUUGUGGACAUCCCGAGUAGCCCUGCUUUCCCCACCUGCUGUCCUGGUUUCAGUUCGCCUGCUUGCAGUGAAACCCCUGGCAUAUUGUGCUCCUUUCUGGGGAAGUACAUUGAGAAACAUUAAUUCCUUUCGGUUACGUUUUGUUGCUGUACAUCGUUUCUUUUCAAACUCUUCAAGUGUGUCACAAAAAGUCAAAAAUUAUUUCCAAAAUUAUGAAUGUUGCGUGGAAUUGAAGAAAGUUGAUAUAAAAUGACUGCAAGGUGUGCAUUCGAAAGUUGGAGAAAAAAAAGGGGUUCUACUGUAUUGUAUUCAUUUCUCCUGUGAAAUUUUUGUUUGUGUUACAUUUAUUUAAAUUUGUUUUGCUAUUUUAUUGAUAUAGAACUGGUUUGGUACAUAUCUAGAAAGCCUUCAUUAUAAAUUUUCAUUUUUAUAUGAAGGCUUCAACAUCAAUACUUGUGUCAGUAUUUAUUGAGUUUUUUUUUUUUUUUAUCACAGCUAGUAAUGUAUUGAAAUGUAGCUAUGCACUACAUUUUAGUGCUGAUAUGUGAAUGGCAUUUAUUUGUAGUUUUGGUAUUUUCCUAUUUUAUGAUGCUUGUUUUAUUUUAAAAAGAAGCAAUGUAAAAUUUUUUGUAGUUAUUUGUAGGUAAAGCUCAAUAUAUCUGCGCAAAUUGUAGUCUUUUUGCUUCGGGAGCCAAAUGAUUUUGAUUUUCGAGAUGUGUACUAAAGCAGUGCAAAGAAAUGUUUGUAUUUUGAAAGAUUACUAAUUCAAGUGAUGCACCAGUUGGGGUAUCUAACUGUGAUGAUAAUUUUUUUUUAUCACAAUCAGUUAUCAAACUGACAAACUUGGGUUUUUGGUGUCUGGUUUUCUUAGAUUAUAAUAAUAUCUGGAGUGGUGGAAUGGUGGUGUGGGAAUAUGUCACUUUUUUUCUUUCCUUUCUGAGUAAAUUCUAAUUGCAAAUGGAAGAAAAGAUUGCAAUGCCUGCUGAAUUUGUCCAGCUUUAAUUUUACACAUACUAUAUGUAGGCUGUGAAAAAGUUGUGACCCUUCAUCAGGAUGAUUUGUAGAGGGUUAGACAAAUUGAAUGGGCUUCUUUGCGGACCCAUUUAGAAAAUACAUAUUGAGCAAAAAGGCCCUAGAGGUACAAAAUUAUUGUUUUAAUUUUUUUAAUAUUUCUUACGAUUUACCAAAAUUUGACUUUGCUUUUUUUUUAUGUCUUUCAGAUUAUAUAUUUUUAUUUACUUUCGGUCUCUGAAGCAUUCUUCGUCUAUGCAAGGCAGUGUUAGAUGCAAAGAAACAAAGACCAAAGAAUUAGUUUCGAACUCAUAAAGUUAGAAAAAUGGAAACAAAUAGGCAAAACUGUCAAAUGUAACUUAAUUUAAUAAGAAAACUAAUAGCGUUCAAGAAGUUUGAAUGCUUUUAAAAACUUUCUUAGUUAUUGUUUAUUACAAUGGUGUACAAAAUUGUAGGCCUGUGGGAACAUCAAUUUUUUAGUUCGGAUAGAAUACGAAUAUCAAAUUAUUCACAAAUACGAAUAUCACAUUCGAAUAGUGAGAAUAAGAAUUAGAAUCCCACUAAAAAUUUUUUUUCAUUUCAUGUAAGAACUUCUAGAUAAUUAGGUAAACAAUGACUUGAUGUGAGCUUUUGGACAUACGCCAUUGCUAUGCACAUGUAUGUCUGUAGAAGAAAACUACAAAAAACACAAAUGACAAAAACAUAACAUUGUUUUGCUGUGUUUUUGUCUCGUUUCAACUGUUGUGCUGAAUUUUUGGGUUCGGUAUUUAUGUGCUGUCAUCAUUUGUGGUGGUUUUUUGCAUUCUGUUAGUCCAUUUUUAUUUGUUUUUCUUUGUUUGUUGACCAUAUUCCUGUUGUGGAGUAUUGUGUGGUGUUUAUAUCCUGACAACAGCAAUUUUUUGCUUCAUUUAUGUUUUUGUCAUUUGUGUUUUUUGUAGUUUUCUUCUACAGACAUACAUGUGCAUAGCAAUGGCGUAUGUCCAAAAGCUCACAUCAAGUCAUGCAUUCCCAUUGCACAAAUCUUUCAAAGAUAAUAGGCAAACAAUACUUAAGUGAAAGGUUGAUUAUGUUGUUAGCUACUAUAAUUAUAUGAAAAAGUUUCUGAAGAUAAAAGGGUUUAAAAUAUCAAAACUGACACAUCUUUUUUUUAGUUUUGCUUGCUUUAUCUCUUAAGUUGUUAGUGUAAAUGGUAGUAAAUGCAUGUCCCACAUGUGAUAGAUAGCUGAUAUGUAUUUUUUGUCCAUAUUAUAGGAAAUAAAUUGAUAAUUACUAUAACUGAAAAAAAUUAUGUUUUGAAACUUAUAUAAAUGUUUUCAUGGGAUUUUUACAUUUCUAAAAUAUUCUCAUUGGAAUUCAAUCCAUGAGAUAAAACAUAACUGAAAAAUAAGUUCAACUGUCCUACACAUGACUGUGGAAUAACCUAUUUGGCAUUCCUUAUUUACUAUUUGUAUUGAUGAAAUCGGGUCAAUAUUCUAUUUUUUUCUAAUCAAGAUAGUUGAGAGAACAUUAAUACAUCUAUAUAUUUUUGGGUGUUUUGAUUUAUCAGCUCCUUGAGUUGUUCGAUAUUUGCACAAGUUGUUUGGUCACAACGAUGGCAGUUGGGUAUUGCUUGCCUUGUGUUGGUGUUGGAGCUCUGUGAUCUGUGUGCUGAUACCUACAAGCAAAAAGUUGUAGUCCAAUCAUGGUAUUGUCAUAUUUUUUGAAUCAAGUUUAGAAAAUCAUUGAAUGUUUUUGGUAUAACCUAAAAACAAAUUUUUAAAAAUUUUAUUUACGUAUUUUUGUUUUACGUCUCGUCAAUAGCGGUCACUAGCUCUUUCAAUGUAAUUCAGGUAAGUUAAGAAAGAUGAUUUUGCCAAAAUUACAGAAAACCAAAAUUGGGAUGCACGAACAGUGAUUCUAACUUCAUUCCUUUGAUUAAACACUUUCUGUAUUAUCCGAACCGACCUGAAGCGCCAUUACCAGCAAAGACUUGUGGAACAUUUGCUUGAGGACCUAGAAAGUGAUCUAACUGUCGUCGAAAGCCCAAAGAAACUUAACCUCAAAGAUGAAAUUUUGUUGUUGAAAUCAUAGAGUGACUUGAAAGAAGCUGCACUCCAAGAAAAGCGAGAGUAAAAUCAACCCGAAAAAUGACACCCCUGGUCAGCUGAAUACAGAUAAUUUUCUCAUUCUAUCCGUGUUAAUUGAGAUUUUUCUUAUCUAAGGUCCUGCGGUUCACAUGAACUCAGUUAGUAGAGACUCAACUAUUACCGCUGAUCCAGAUUUUUUUGUGAAAAAUUUACAUGAACACAAAUAUUCGCAAGCCAGAACUUAGGGAAGAUAUAUGAAGAAAGAAAACUCAUGUUUGCACUUAUUAGCGCAGUGCUUUUUGGACACUUCGUUGAUUGGUCCAGCUUCCUAGACGGCCAUGGUGAACUGCAUUGGUUGGCUUACGGGUCGUGACUUGUAAACCUAAUGGCCGGAUAGCAAACUAAAGAGUGGAAGUAAAUGGAUGUUUGUACCAAAUAAUGCAGUACUAAAUAAUGCUGAUGUAAGGGUGGAAGAAAAAAUAAUAUUUGAAGGCCCGAAAGCUGUGUGGAAUUGGUAAUGAAUUGAAGGGGUAGCUCCCAGCUUCUUUAGAGGCUCACUUCAAGAAGCUAUUAGUCUCUUUUAAGACACAUGAGUGAUUAAGUGAUAAGAAUGACACCAGCAUCUGCUUAAGUACUUGAUUGCUUGUACAUUUUGUAAAUCUUCUGGCAUACAGGCUUACAUUGUGCUACACAUCUAAGUAUAGGACUUAGUGGUGCCACUAUAAUUUUAAUUGGGCUCUAAAAAUAAAGAUAAAUAUUUUCUUUGGCAACCUAUGAUACUUAAAUGUUCUGUAAACAAAAUUACGUAUCUUCAAACAAUUUAUAAAAUAUGUACUGGUUUUAGCAUCUCAUUAUCCAGAAGAAAACAUUUUAGGAACCAGUAACAAAAAUGUAAGACACGUACGUUUAUGAUGCUAGUCUACACGGCACGAUGACCAGUAGUUUUCCUGGAAUCAGAGAUGUUUCUUCAUGUUAUCUGUAGACAAGCCUAUUUGGCAGCAAGGAACCGAGUUUAUAUGAAUAUUUGACAGUGGUCACAUGGAUUAAAAUGGCAGUGUGUGCAUUGAGGGGGAGAACACUUUUUGGCGAGCCUAAAGCAGUGAUUUACUGAUGUUAUCGUUUCAGUAUCGGUAUCGGCUGAUAUUCCAAUUUUUUCUGGCUAUCCAACAUAAUUGCUUCCAACCGAUACUUAAAAAACCAAUACCCAUGGAAAAAGUACAAUACCCUCAUCCGUUCAGGUGUCACCCAUAUUUUUUUUUGUUUUUCUGUUUAUAGUUCCGUAGUCAUCUUUUACUUCAAUUUUUCUCUAAGUUAAGGCAAUACUUGAAUGUUCUGUUUUUGAAUUAGUCAAAGGCAUAAUGUGUAUUAUAAUAUGUACAAAUUUUAUGUAGUAAAAUACUUUGUUUUUCCCCUUCUACCAAGAAUCUUAUAUCUUAUAAUAACAAAAUUCUUAUUAUUACUGAUUUAUUACUUGAAAAUAUUAAAUUUCUGGAGACUUGCGUUGUAAGUAUUUAGAAAAAGUAUUUAUAUAAGUUAUCAAAUCUGUUAAAGACAUGGAUCGGUAUCAGUUUUUCAUAUUGUCCAUCACUACCCAAAAGUAAACGUUUUCAGAGAUUCAGUAAAGUUAUAAACAGCCAUGAAUGGAUUAUAAUUUCUUACGGUUCGUUAAUGGUGAGACUAAUUUGGGAUUGAGAGGAUAAACUUCAAAUUUACAGUGUUUCUUAAGCUGUAAAGCAUUGCUCUGUCUUAAUUUUUUGCUCUUUGAAAAAAUAAUAUUAAAAACUGUUUUUUAAAGUUUUGAAGCCUACGUUUCACUGACCCUGAACACAUCCAAAGUUUAUUACUUGCUCAUGCAACUUUUGCAGUCAGGAUAAAAAAACCUUAUUUUGCGAGAUUUCAUACAUUUUCACGAUUUUAUAGUAUUUUAAUUUUCUUUGACCUAACUACAGCAACCUUUCAAUUUAUUUACGAACACCUAGAAAUGUGGAAACCUAACCUCCCUAAAGAAUUAAUAUUUGCAAUGAUUUUUCAUAUUAUUUAAGUAAAUGACCUAAUUUAACUAACAUUUUCCUUUUAUGUCAAAAAUAAUUAAGAUUCACAAAUGUAGGUUAUUUGGUCACCUGGCUUGGGGUAAGUGAAUGGUAGGUUUUCACUUUUAAAGCUACAGCAGCAACGCAUCCAAAAACCUUUUCAACAGUCCGUUAGUUACCGCUACUCUGUAGCUUUGUAGUGUACUCAUUGUAACUAGUGAUAAACAUGUGUGCAUUUAUUUUUUAUUUGUCGGCAUGUGUGGGAUGAAAGUUAUUUUCUAUUUUCAGGUAGCAGUCUGACUGCAUUGUGAGUUACAUAAGUUGAGUAAUUGACACACAUUUUAAGUUAAUGUUAAGUCUGAAACUCUUGAGUAGUGAUAUCAGCUACCUUUAUAGAACACAGUACUGUGAAACCUCAUUAAUAAAAACCUUGUUAAUACAAAACACACAUUAAUACAGUGUGUGUUUUCAUGGUCCCUAUAAAUUAAAUGAUAGGUGGUAAGUUAUUAGUUUAACAGAAAAGUAUGGUUAUUUCGUUAUUUGUAAUACAAAUUUGUUUUUGUUCCAAGGGUAAACAAUUGCAUGGAGUAAAAGAUGGUUGAAACACAUAUUCUAGAAUAAAGUAAAGAAACAUUGUGAAGUUUAAACUAAAAUAACACUUAUGCCAUUGAUUUGGUUCAGUGUAGGUUGUUGAAAAAAAGUUUAGAAAUCAUGUGUUAUUCCAGAAUUAUGGAUGAUUUGUCUUUUUGUAGGUGGUUUGGUAAAUAUUGAGCACAAGAGCAUAUCAAAAUAAAAGCAACUAAAAGAAAAUGUAUUUUUUAUAUAAUUAUUUACUUCCUAAUCACAGUGUAAAACUGCAUUGCGAUAUUUCUAUUAUUUCAUUAGUUGCUGCAGAAUUGUUUUACAGUAUCAUUAGAGACCUGGAAAAUUCGCGGGUUCAAUGACCUCCAGGAUAGACUCCAAUAUCCUCUACACACUCGGGCAAAUGCCAACUGUUCAUUGGCUGCUGACUCGUGAGUCGUCUCGACUGGGUGGCCUGUGAUUCGACACUUCUAUGAGUGAGGGUCUCUAAUUGGCCCGCAGUCCUCCAGAUUAACAGUGAACCAAUGACAGAAGCAGCACUAAGGUAUAAUUAUUUGAAUUUUAGCAUAACACGAAAUGAACCCGCGAAUUUUCCGGGUCUCUAAGUAUCAUGUUUGAACAAGGAUAUGAUUUUCGCCAUUUUGAAUUCUUGGAACAAGACAUUAUCAUGGCAUUUGAAAUAAAAUAAUAAUAAUAAUUUGCAUUUUCCUAAUAUUAUAAGUGAAUACUGAACAAAAUUUGACAAUAUUUAAUUGAAAUGGAAAACCAAUUAGAGUAGAAAACAGUCUUGGCCAUGGUCAUAAUGUACUGACAUUAAAAAUCUCUGUUGUUUUGAAAACAGGUUUGGUUACACUAUAGUCCUAAGGAUCUCUGGAGAACCACAGGAUCAAGUUGCAGCUAGUCUUAAAUAAGGCGGUGAUCAGGGAUAUCUCUCUGGAAAAACAGACUCAACUACGCUAUUAAAGCACAACUCAAAUUUACGUCAUUAUAUUUACAUUGCAGGUAAUGUUUACAAUGUUUUUUUAAUGUUUACUGUAAAACUAUAAACACGAUGGAAUUAUUAUACCUGACAUAACUGUAACUUUUAAAACUAUUUCUGCUAACUUACUUGGAGUAUGGCAAUGCCAUUUUACUCAGUGAUUAGGGAGAAGGUGACGUACAGGGUCCCAUGAAAAACUAAAGAUCGCUGAGCGAGUUCCCAGCCCUUCUCCACAAUGCGCAGGGUGAGUUUAAUCGCCAACCAAUAGCUGUCAAAGAAAUCCAAAGCCUUGUGAGUGCAAAAAAAUUCACUAAAUAUUCAACAAACAAACACAUCAAGACAAAUUACUAACAACAGUCUGACAGCGAUUAUGCAUAGUAAAAGGGCACUCACAAGCCUAACAUAUUGAAAUUACAAUUAAAUACAAUAAAAAUUACAUAGUCUCAAAACAUUAACGGGAUACAUGAUUUACUAUACCUUUGUUGUACAACCAUUGACUUAAGUUUUUGCACAUAAAUGCGUCCACACAAGAUCAUAAAUAUUUGUUGACAAAUGGACAAGUAAAUAAAUUCUAAUAACGAGGAUGCGCUGUCUAGCAGUUGUUACUGAUGGCAGCCAGUAAACAACAAGUUAACGAAGAAAAUCAUGCAUGCGUCGGGCAGUAGGAAUGCACAGCUCGCAGCACCAUUAUUAAUAGAAGUUCUCAAAUUAUCCAGCCCGCGAAUGAAAGGCAAACACACAGACCCUAAAAGUGCUUUAACCACAACUAAAAUUUUAAAUGACCGGGAGUACUGUGCAUGGUAAAAUAGCUUAGUCGCGUCCAGUGUAAUCGUGGUUAACACUGCAAACAUCUGGUUAAAGCAUGCAGUACACAAGGAAUGGUUAUUGCAAGCAAGUACCCGCUAAAACAAUUCGACGAGCGCAAAUCAUUUCAUCGGCACCCAUAGUCCGUCCCCUCCAAGUUUGUGCACAGUCGGGCAGCAUUAUUACUUACCCAAAAAUCAGUGUAUUGCUUAGCAGGUGUGCGUGCCAGGCAAAGGUUCGUAACUUUGCACGAAACACUGUGCCACAGUCCUCUCAGUUGUAUCUGAAAUCUGAGUUAAAGCAUGAUCUGCACCAUAUAAAAUCGCUUACUAAACAUGAAUAGUCAGAUGCAGGUUGUUUCAAAAUACCGCGCAUUGAAUUUGUCCCACUUCAGCGCAGCCACAAGAGAGUUUCAGUUUACGGCACUUAACGUAACAAUGUUGACAGACGCCGGUUGUUGUUAAAAGAGUUUGAUACUGACGGGGCCAGUGACUCCGUCAUAAAACCGACUGCACCAAAAAUUGUGUGAUCGUUAAGAGUCACAGUUCCGGGGAAGUUAACAAACUGGCAAUAGGAACUUAUUAUCAUUUUCUAAAUAAAAGAUGGAAAAUCAGAGUUAACUAUUGUACUUUUAAAUUCUGUGUGUAGAAAAAAGAAACAGCAUCAUAGACUAAAGCAUGACAGGUACAGAACCAAUCCUGCUGACUGGCUGAAGCAUUGUUUGUGUGGAUUCAAGGGUAAAAACCAAGCCUCUUUUGCAUCCCUUAUUUGGACUCCAUAAAACAGCAGCAUACGUACUGUGACAUACCUAAACAGCUUGUUAUAUAAGAUGAUUAGAUGCUGUAAGCUCUUCAAUUUUGCAAAAAUUCUUGUCAUAUACGCCGGAAAAUACGAAACCUUGCUCGCUGACUCGCGCUGGCCACGCAGGCCGAUGUGGGGGGAGGGGGGGGGGGCACAGGCAAGUCCGGGCAGGGCAACGGUCACUAAUUCUGCCCUGUUGCCACAGCCCUCGCCGCUCGCCCGUCGAAGCAACCCCCUGAGCGCCGUGCAGUCAGCUCGGUGCGCGCUCCCAGCGCCACGCCGUGGCCAUUCAACAAACACAAGUUCUGCCGUAAUGUCGGUACGCACGAGGAAACACCACCCACCCCAAGCCGCACAGUUUACGUGAACCACAAUAAUGGGCAAGACAGUUUAAAGUUGGCAAAAAAAACAAGUUGGUAACGUUUAAAGUAGUUAAGAAAUAAGCUAACAGUUUUGAGCAAUUAAUAUUAAGUGAAAAAAAGUUAUACUGAAUGAAAUGCAAGUUAAAAUAUAUAAUCAGGAAUUACUAACAGAAAGAAAUUAAAGGAGGGAGGUAGAGCAAUAUGAAAAUGCAUUAAAAAAAUUUUUUUUUUAUCUUUGUUUUGAUGCCUCCCUGUGCUCAAUAAUUACCGGUAGUGUUUAAAACUUUGCUUUAUAGUAUCAUGCAAACUAUUUUUUUUUUGAGCCACAGUUGUAGCCAUCCUAAAAUUGUUAAUUUAUAAUCCCUUAAAAAAAGUACAUUUGGAGUUUUUUUUAAUUCUGUGCUAGUUUCCUUGGAGCAUAUUCUAUUUUUUUUUUAGGUGUGUUACGCAUGUACUAAAAGAAAAAAAAAAUUCUAACUUUACUUGAAUUUGAUUUAGUAAUUAUACAUGGAAAUUGUUGUUAAAUUUUGGUAAUAGCAUAGUAAAUACAAACUUCGCUAUUGCAAAGUGGCAUAACUAUGGUCCCGAAGGUUUUUAUUACUGAGGUUUGACUGUGAUAUAUGUACCUGUUACGUUGUUCAAGUGUGAUAGUAAUGGCCCGCACGUACAUGCACACAUGCUUACAUGCUUGCAGCGAAAGCGUGGUCGCAGUUCCCGCGCCUGUGAUUGCCCGCCCAAGCAAGUCCCCCACCCCUCCGCGGGGAAGCGGUGUCCUCUUGCAUUUGACCUUUCCUGUCGUAAGAAACGUCUCGUUCAUUUGCUCGUCGUGUAUGUCUGGCGUGAAGUGUUUGUGCAUGUGUGAGAUCAUUUUUGUGUGUGGCUUGCCAGUUGUUUAAAAAAAAAACAAUUAUCAAUUAAACUGGAAUUUUAAAUGAUAUUUUUUUUUUUAACUACGGGUGCUCGUUUUUUUUUUUCUUUCGUCGGGUGUACGUGUACACCUUGAUAUUUUUCGUUACCUUGAUCUGGACAGCCGUAGUUUCUGGCAUAUAAGGCGAGGUUAGCUGUUGGGUAAUGGAAAUGGGAAAAUAAAUUUGCGCCUACAUAAAUUACAUGCCUUGUGCACUAGGGUUGAGCCAGUCAAAUCCUUUAAAUUCUCAAAUACCAUCAUAUCCUACAUACUAAAAAGGAUUCGAUAUUUGAAGGAGAAUAUUAAAGGCAAUAAAGUAAAUUAAAAUCUGAAUUUUACUAGGUCAGUUUUUUUCUUUAUACCUAUUCUGUUACCAUUCCCUAAGAUAUUGUGCUUUUAACAUGUAAUUAUAUAAUAAAAUUACAAUAUGAAUUUAUUCUGGAAACUUAAUUUGUGAAACAACCAUUUAAAGUGUAGAAUGUUUCGACACUGUGGUUAAAAAAUUUUGUUUUUGACCCUUGACAUCUAGAUUUGAAUUCGGUUUUGCGAAAAUUGGGAUUUGACCCAUCACUUGUUUAAUUAAGUGCCAUAUAAAUUUUUUUUGAGGAAAUUAUGUUACUGUAAAGAAGCCGUAUAAAAAUACUAAUUUAUUUUAGCUCACUCUCAGGUAGUGUGCCAGCCGUAGAGGAUGACAAGGGGGGGAGGGAGGCUAGUAAGUGUGAAGUUUUUUUUUGUUACCCCCACUGUGUGUUGACAGAAAUAUGAAGGGAACAAACUGGCAACAGGAUCUUAUUGAUCAUCAUUUUCUAAAUAAAAGACGGAAAAUCAGAGUUAACUAUUGUACUUUUAAAUUCUGUGUGUAGAAAAAGAAACAGCAUAAUAGACUAAAGCAUGACAGGUACAGAACCAAUCCCGCUGACUGGCUGAAGCAUUGUUUGUGUGGAUACAAGGGUAAAAACCAAACCUCUUUUGCAUCCCUUAUUUGGACUCCAUAAAACAGCAGCAUACGUACUGCGACAUACCUAAACAGCUUGUUAUAUAAGAUGAUUAGAUGCUGUAAACGCUUCAAUUUUGCAAAAAUUCUUGUCAUAUACGCCGGAGAAUACGGCAGUAGGAUCAGCUAUUUCUGUCUUGCAAUUUGUGCAUAUGUAUGCUUGUGUGUUGAUUUAUUCUUACCUAUCAUCUUAUAUCGUUGGUAUAAUUUCUUAAUUUAACUAUCUCUAAUAUCUGAUAAAGAUUCUUUUUAAAAUGUAAAAUAUUACUUGAGAAUGUUUGUGUAACAUGUGUGUUGUUUUUUUAUUCUUAACAAACGAUUGGCAUGGUGUUUCAAUUUUAUGUUAUUUCCAACUGUAGUUGUUUUUGGGGAACUGUGAACAGUUUGUUAUACCUGCAGUUUGUAGGAAAACCAAAUUCAGACCAAUCUUGUAGUGAAUGCAGGAAGCAAUUGGUUUUAAAUGCUGUUUCUUAAAUCAAGGGUCACAAGAGUCACAAACUUGUUGGACCAAGGUAUACUUUCUGUGAGAAAGUUUACAAUCGAUAGGGGUGGAUUUGUGUUUAAUUUUUUUUUUUUUCAUAACAUUUAAUAUUUUGAUAUCUAUAACUAUUUUUGAGUUUAAAAAAACAUAAGCCUUAUUUUGUUUAGCUUCGUUUAGAAGAUAAAUUGACUUCAUACUAGCUCUUGUUUGAGACUACGUUCAUUUAAUGUUGAUGUAGAGAAUUAAUUAUCAACUCAGGUCAUGAAAGCAUGAUUCAAAUAAUUAGUUUUAAAAGUUUGGUUCAUUGUGGUGUCUUCAUUUGCAUUAAUUCUUAAUCACAAGAAUAGUAAAGUAAUAACUCUCACUGCCUAACCUCCCAUUAAAAAUGAAUGCUUAGAAAAAACUAAAGGUCAAAAAGAUGUCAAAGACCUUGCUAAAAAGUUGAUAUUCCUUACACAUUAUCCAUUAUAAGUUGACAGCUUAGGUUAACGAUAUAAAUUUUACCCAUUAAUAAUGUUUCACAGCCAAUGGCAAGCUUGUCACUUCACUAUAUUAUUGCGGUAGAAAAUAUUUUCCAUUUUGAUGAAACCGCUGUUGAUGUUCAAUUUGUUAUGCUGCUUUCAAAUAUUAAGUCACUCUGUUAACAUAAACAGAAUAGUGAGACAGUGAUAUUCACGUACGUUAAAUGUUUCGUUUGAAUUUAUAUCUUGGCAGUCAAUGUGUGAUCACUCGCAGGACUUAAAAAUAUUUAAAUUAUAUAUAAUUUUUUUAAUUUUUUUUUUUCUCCGCUAACCAAUUUGUUUCCUUUUAAACAAUGUAGCCAGAGAAAAACUAUCAUGUUAAUAGAGAUGAUAAUGCCUUUAUGUGAUAUGCAAGUUUUUAUUUUGUUUAUUUCAUAGACAAAUAAAUUUUAGCGGCUUGUAAUAUUGUAACGACUGUGUUUGUUGGGUUUUGGUGCACUUUUUCACUUAAAAUUGUGUAACUACAGUGUGAUUUUGUACUUUACAUGGCUGUAUUUGUAGACGUAGUAGACUGUCUGCUAAUUUCAAUUUACUAUUUUCUUGCAAAAUGUUCAUAAAUGUUCCUCGAGAAAAUUACGCAUUCUGUUUUCAUGUACUUUAAAACUAAUUGUAAUCAUUCAUUAUGUUUGCGUGCUUUAUAAGUUGUAGUAGUAUUGGCAGCUGACUGUUUGUGACGCAUGUGUUAGCGACAGACAACGCAGCCAAUCAUGUCUGGUCCGGGAAUAGAGGAAAAUGUGGUCUCAUAAACAUAUUAAUCUUUUAUUUUUAAUCCUCCUUUUUAACCAGUACUCCUUUAUUAUAAAUACACAAAAAUAUGGCCCAUUCAGUUUUAUAAAGUCAGAUGUUUUACUGUUUAUAAGGAUUUCAAUAUGAUAUUUUUUUUUAUCAGCAUGGUACACAUACUUCUUAAUCCCCUUCUUUGCUACUCUGUCGAAGGCUGUGGUAGUGUCUGUGUUUGAGUUGGUUGUAUCCCAGAUGCAAGAACAGUGAGUGCUGGCUUCCAACAGGCACAAGGGACUUUUGAGAAUCUAUUACGUAAUUAAAUUAAGGAAUUUAAGAAUCAGUUGGCACAUCCGUAAGGUGAAAAAUUCUUAGUUUUCUUUAAAUAGAUGGGUACAUUUUAAAUUAUCAGCUAUGCUAUUUAUAGUUUUAUGAGAAAUUUGUAGUUUUUAUGUGCUUUUUGGAAUGUGAUAUGGUUUUGGCUUGUAUUUAACAACGUAUACCUAUUUGCAUGUAUAAGAACCUCACUUUAACUUCAGUUGAUUAUAGUAAAGUAAAUUUUCACAUUAUUAAUUAAGUUAUGUUUCAAAACAUACUCAUUUUUUUUCUGAAAUAUUUUUAUUAUAAUUAUUGUACUUUUAAUAUUUGCAUGGUGUUUUCAACUUUCUUUUAAGCUGUGCACAAUAAUUGCCUUAUUUUUCGCUGAGUUCUCAAGACUAUAGUUGAUAGAUGUAGUUUAAUAAAUUAAUUGGUACUGUUUUGUGACACAGUACACUCACAUAAAAAAUAAAAAUCUUAAUGCUUCGUUAAACAAAACAGUGUAAUUAAAACUGUGAUGCUACCUGAAUUUUUAAUUAGACCUUUUAAAGCAUGUCUGGAGCAUAUUCUUUUAGAACAAUAAAUAUAAAUUGGUAGGUAAUUGCAUGUUAUGAUUAUGUACCACUGAAUGUUCACAUGAUUGAGAGAUUUGUGAAAAAGCUGGUAAUAUACAUAUCAUGUUUCUUUUGGAUCUUUUAUCCAAAAAAGACAGGUCUAAAAUUAAUUUUAUUAAUUUUCAUGUUUUCGAGAGCAUAUUUUCUUGCAUUUUAGUUUUACAUAUUUUGGUUUUAAUAAGGCUCACCAUAUAAUCCUGUCCUUAUAUAUCAUACUUAAUACUUAUCUAUGUAUGAUUAGUAAUAGCAAAUAAGUAAUUUUUUUCUAAACAUAAAGUAGUAUCACUUCCUGUAUCAGCACUUAAAAAUAAAUAAAUAUGAAAUAAAAUUAAACUUAAAACUAAGUAAAUAAAAUUAAGCGUAAAUAGUUUUGCCAGCAAAAUAAUAUGUUAGAAAAACUUGUACAUAUGAUAAUCUGGUUUGUUGCUAUAACGUGUAUCCACACAAUUCACAAUUGUCUUCAAAUUGUAUUCUCUGUAUUAAAUAUCCUUAGUUGCAGGUUUUCAUAACAUGAUGCCGAUUAGACAAGUGUGAUGCAAUAGACACAGCCUGAUUAAAUUAUUUUCUAACCACUUACUUUCAACACAUCUGUGACAUCAGCGUGACAAAAUUUGAGGACGUGACAAACUUUCUAUUCCCAUUGCGUCGUCAGCGCUAAGUUACUUUUCAUUAGUUAAUUCUUUUAGUACUUUCAUGUUCAAUGAUUUUUCCGAAUGAAUAUUGAAUUUAAUUGAAGUAAAAUUUUUCUCAAACCGGUCUAUUGAAACAAACUCUAAAUCAUUGAUGGCCGUUGUAUGUGUAAUGUGAAUAAAAUGGCAAGAAAUUUAUCCUAGUUGUUUCUGCUUCUUGUGUGGUUAAAAAACACACUUUCACAAUAAUGCAAUACUAUUUUGCUGUCGCUUCGCGUCUUUCCGUACUGCCGUGAUUCCAGCAUUUCACAAAAAAGUGUAUCAAACUUCUCGUUAGCCAUUUUUUUUUUAAUUACUGAAGGCAGCCAAUAAACUCACAUAUAAGUCAUAGGUUUCCGUGGCGAGAAUGGUGAAUAUCACUAAACUGCUUCUAUGCUUCUGGGCUGAGGCCACUUCCUUGAUGAUAAUAUUCCCGGUGGUUUAUUUGCCUUUGAAGACGGCCGCAACAAAAUGUCUGGCACACAGUUAGUUGUUUAUCCGGACUUUUGGCCUCAACCCAGGAACACUUAACUAAAUAAAAUAAGCGAAUUUCCGUAAUGCUCUAGUCUUUCUGGGAACGUACCAUCUGAACGUAGGCAUGCAAAAUUAGUUGGUAUUAGCUGAAAAUUUUUUUUAAUUUUACUUCGCACAAUUACCUAAAAUUGUUGUGUCACCGCAGAAAUUAUGAUGGCUGCGUGUUGUAUGCUAGAAUAAAACAGUGAACGCAGGCUGAAAAGGAAAGGGAGGCAUACUUACAUGUUGGCGUGAAGUAACUGCAUUGUCUCUGCUUUUUGAGCUGUCGGGUUGAUUGUAUGUACUUACAGUGAUAUGUUUUUGUAAGUAAUAACGAUUAUUAUUGUCUUAUUUUAGAGAUAAUACUUUUGUAGCUGUUGUUGUUGUGUUUAUACAUUUGUAGUUCAAAUAUUUUUUUUUUAGCUGUGCCUGUGUGACAUGACAGGACAAAGCCAGUGGUGGUUCUGUGUGAGAGGCGAGGGGGGCAGUCACCCACUCCCCCUUCCAAAAAAAAAUGGUGCGAUAACAAAAAAAUAAUUUACUCCAUGCCACACCUGACUUUGAAGUAAGUUAGAUUUUUUUUUAGACUUCCCAUUUAACUAGGAGGUGUAUGUAUGUAUAUAUAUAUGUAUGUAUGUGUGUAUUCCAUGCCACCCAAAACUCCCCAGUCUCCGCCCCUCCCAAAAUUCAAGGCCAAGUCCGCAACUGGGUAAAGCUUUCUGGCAGAAAUGCCAAAAAAAAAAAACAUUUUGAGAAAAACUGGCCUGAAUGUGGCAGCGAUGAAAGCAAAUUUAAUUAUUUUCCUGGGCAUUAGUUUGUGUUGCCAGUGUGGCAGUCGGUGACGUUUAUGCGGAAUGAAUGCAAUUAAGGUAAACUAGGAACGGAAUCGGCCGUGGUCUGUAGCAAGGAACGGUCCCAGCAUGUGUGUGGAGUGAUUUGGGAGAACUUAAUCAGGAUGGAAGGUUGUGUCAUGAAUGUUAGUUAAUGGUUUUACUGUUAAACCACCGUGGCUUGUUGUUUAAUCAUGCAUCAUAACAGUAACUUAGGAUUGCUGUGUGAGAUAACUUUAGAAACAUAAUUUGACAGCAGAGUUCUUGUUAUCAUUGGCGACAGUUGGCUAUUUUGUUCCUCUAGAGAGAUGAAUUUUUAAUUUUGUCCUCACACAUUUUAUUUGAUGGACUAUCUGUGUAGUGUGUGGUGUGUUUAUUAUUUAAUUAUGCUUAAUGACCACCCAGAUUAUAAAAUUGAUAGUUAAAUAGCAUGAAAUGCAAGUUGGUGUAAAAAUUUGUAUUUUUUUAACGCUGUGAAAAUUGUGCAUUUAAUGACAUUUUUUUUUACAUGUGUGACCAUUGUGUAGGUUCGUUAGUAUUGUGUUGGUACCUGUUGUUAUUUUUUAUAUUUAUUUUGUUUUGUUUGUAAACAUGUUCGGAUGUUAUUGCAGUGUGUGUUCAUUUUUAAAUGAUGUGUUUUUUUUUUUGUAAAUGUUUGUAGGUAAAAGUUGAAUUAUAGAAUUGUUUGGUAUGUAACUUUACUUUUACAAGAAUAAGUACAUACUUUGAAAUUAUAAGAAAUCACUACCCAAAAUUAUUGAAUUAAUAUUGGUUUAUUAAGAAGUUUAACUAUUUUUUAUCUCUAAAAAAAAGUUUGUUUUAGUUUAUGGGUGUAAAAUGGCAUUUAGUACUUUUAAUUUUAGUAUAAAAUGAAGUUUAAAUUGUAGAGAAUCAUGGUUUGUAAUUUAAAACUCUAGGGACAUCAAAGGACAAAGUGGAAAAACUUGUCAAGUAGAAAAUUUAUAAGCCUAUAAUUUAUUGUAGCAGUAAAUUGUGUUUUAGUAUUUAUUUUGGUGUGAAAUUAAAUCUGCUUCUCUUAUUCCAACUGUAAAUUAUAUAUAUAUAGUAUUUGUGUUAUGGACAUUUUUACUUCUUAAUCGCCCAGUCAUGGAGGGAUCUUGUAGUGAGCUCGGAGAGUCACUUUGCUAUUGGUCGAAGUCUUGAGUUGGUCUCUCACAUGUCAUGGAGCUUGCGUUAGGAGAACCAAUGCCUUAACCUUCCUGUUCUUUACUGUCUACCUUAAAAUAAUCUAUACUGUUCAAAAUCAUUUGUGGAAAUUCAGGCCAUGUUUGAAUUGGUAAAAUUGUAAUUUGGCAGGUUUUGAAUUGGUUGCAUUGAGGAAUCCUUGUUUCACACUCUUUAACAUUUGGAUGUGCUUAAUGUAAUACUAUUUACAUGUUGUCUCAAUGUUUUUCGGAGUGAACUUUUCAUGUUAAUUUUAUUUAAUACAACUCUGAAAUGCUUAAAAUGUAGCUAUGCUAAAGUUUAUGUUAUUUCACCACAAAAUAUUUAUUGAAAGAAUAGUAAAAAAAAUUUUCAUGCCAAGUGUCAGGGUUAACUGCAAUUUACAAUAUUUUUAUUUAUCACCACAUCUAAUUCAUAAGUUCAAAAUAGGUAAGAUGGUAACCCCCACAGGUUUUAGGUAGAAAACAACUUGGAAAAUUCAUAAUUUUGUGAGUUUCGUUAAAUACUUUGAAAUUAUGAAUGACGAAUGUAGAGGUACAAAUUUGGGCUAUGUAAUUAUUUUGUCGUAAAUUCUGCCAAUUCAAACAAAGCCUCAAAUUUUACAGUUUGCUUAUGCUCAUAGUUGUUAAUUAUAGAUAUUCCAUCUCUUAGUGUCUGAUUUUAGACUUAGUUUUUUUAUUUUUUAGUUUAAUAGUUUACUAUAAGUGAUAAUAAAGUACUGCAACAUUUAAAUUCUAUUUGUACAGUAAUACUUAUUGUGUUACUUAUAGGUAUUGCACUUUGUACAUUUGUAAUCACCAAAGUCAGUUGUAUAUUGUCAGUUGUAUAUUAGUAUUAUUACACAGGCAUUUUUCUGUCAUUCAGGUUUGUUGUAGGGUUGUGGUUAUUUUUGUAUUGUUUUUGUGAUUGAACUUAGUAGUGUUUUCGAUUUUAAGUAAUGCCUUAAAUUUUAAUGCCGCCAUCAAAUGGUUGAUAGUUUAAAUCAGUUAGUUGUACAUGGGUGAUGAAAAUAUUUUUUUAUACUUAAGAUAUAUUUUGUGUUUGUAGUUAUUUGGUUUUUGUUUGGAAGUUUUAAACACACGUUUUUUUCUACCAAGUUUACUGUGUAACAAUAUAAUGUGUACAGAAGUGAAUUUUAGCAUGAAAUAUUUAUUAAAUAUACAUGCGGAUUUCAAUUAUUAUUUGUUUUAGUGUAAUAAAUGUAGAUUUUUAUGUAUAGUAUACAGUCAGUCCUCCAACAAUUUGGUUUUGGUGCACAAAAAAACACUGAGAAUAUUAAAUGUGUUGCCGUUUAGUUGAGGGAAUUUUGAUUUUGUCAUUAUGCAUCAUGUAAAUUUAUAUGCUAUACAGUAUAACCUCAUUUAAUUGGGAUAAUUAGGGCAAAAUUUAAUGCAUAUACAGAUUUUGAAAUUAUGCUUAAAAAACAAACUACACAUUUAUACACAUGCAUACAGUAAAGGGACAAUGGUCCUACUGGAUUAUAAAAUGUCAAUAUAGUUUUAGUGUUAAUGUCAAAGAAAAUUACAAUAUUGUACAGUCAGUCACAAUACAUUGAUAUUUAAUACAAGUUGUAAUAAGAUUAUCUAUUGCAAUAAAAAUUAAACAUUAGCAAACUUUAAAAAAAAAAAAUGAAUGCAAGCAGCUCUAUCAGUGCUGGGUUUAGGCCCCUGCCUAUACAGGGGUGUAUCUGUGUUAGCGAGGCGGGAUUAUAAGUGCAUUCGUUGGUGCCUCUAACAUGGUAUUGCCUCUAAGCGCUGUCUUCUAGUUGUGCACACUUUGAGAUUUGAGCGGUAACCAUAACAUUAUAUGUAUGAUGGCGGAUAAAAAUGAAGAUUAAGACAAACUGCAAAUCCCUUUAAAUCUUUCAAGAAUCAGUACCAGUUGCUCAUGCCUAAAUAUUAUUUGGAAAACACACAUUUUAGUCAUUUUCACUCUUACAAAAAUACAGUUUUAAAACAAAAUAAGGAAACCGAACUUCUUAUCCGCCCUCAGUCUAUUCUUAAAUGAUUUUCGUAAACAAACCCCAUUUUGAUAACUUGUGUAGUUUUCAACUUGCAUGGUAAAGUUCUGCACACCAUAUAACUUCCCAGAUAGGCGGGGGCCUUAAAAAGAACUGACUGAUGACGUAUAUUAAUAAUAUUGUUGAAAGUGUGACUGUAUGAAACAAUUACUUUGAAAAUUGUAAAAUAAUCUACAAUAGUUAAACACUGGAACAGAAUUGAUUAUUUGUGACUAAUUCUCUCCAACGCUAUUGCAGUCACAGUCUUGAAAUGGAAUGGACUAAGCAGAAACAAAUUUUAAUAGUAAUCAUGUGAUGGCAGUCAUGUCAAAUAGCCACUCCACUAUCUAUGUACUUAUGGAUCCACCAGCCAAUGGUAUUACCAGGCAAAGUUGCAGUCAAUAGGAGCCCACCAGCAAUCAAUACUAUUAAGUCUUCUGGCAUUUGCAGUGUCAAUUUUUAAUACAACUAUUUGCUAAGUCGUGAAUCACAAAUUUUGUAACGUAUCAUACUGUAUGUAUAUCAGUGUCAAUACAUCAAUAUUUUCUAUAAAUUCAUGCAUAAUUGCAGUUUUAUAAACUGAAGUAAUUUAUAUAAGGCUCUUAAUGUGUUUCACUGUAGCAUUGUGCUUACGACCUUACUUUACUAGUUACCUGUUGCCUGCUCCGAUUGCUUUGCAUGGACUUGUAUCUGAAUUUGUAAAUAACUGGAUGGACUGUAUACUUUUAUGUAUAAUAAUACUGAUGUUAUGUGGACAUGCUAUAUUCCAAAAAUUUACUGGAAUUGUUAUGUAAGUGCCUUCUUAAGUUAUUGGAACUACCUGGUUUUAUAUACCUCAUCAUGGUUAUGAAGUAAAUAGUUUAACAAACAACAUAUUUGAAAUGAGUUGCAGAGAAAUGUUUAGUUUGAACACUCGCUAUUUUGUGUAUGCAUCUCGUAUGUAGUAAUGCAGAAUAAAACAAAAGUUGUGAAA